CUCAUCAGAAAGAAUAGGGUUUGGUGUCUUCUUAGAAUCUCCCCUUCAAUGGCUCUCGUACAAGGCAUCGCUCCUGCUACUUCUGCAAUUCGCACCCCUCGUUCUUUGCUCUAUUCUCCUCAUUCUGCUUCUUUGAUAGCUUCGUUAGUUUCUGUUUCUGCACCGCUGGAGAAUGGCCGGAGAGUAUUGAUAGGCCGAAGAUUUGGUCGGAUCUCAGAAGCUCGAGUUUGCAGAGCGAUGGUCCAGCAGGCCGCACAGGGAGCUCCGGCAACGUACGCCAAGGAAAUGGAGCGGCUCUCUGCCAAGGAAUCGCUACUUCUCGCUUUUAAGGAUUCUGGUGGCUUUGAGGCUUUAGUCACCGGUAAGACAACAGAGAUGCAGAGCAUUGAUGUGAACGAGAGGAUAACUGGUCUUGAGAGGCUCAAUCCAACUCCUCGGCCAACAACGUCACCAUAUUUGGAAGGUCAGUGGAAUUUAGAGUGGUUUGGGACUGGAAAACCUGGAUCUCUUGCUGCUAGGUUUCUAUUUCAGAUUUUUCCCUCAGCUUUGGCAAAUUUGUCAAAAGUUGAUGUGGUGAUAAAGGAUUCCUAUGGAAAAACCACAGUUAACUUGAAAUUGCUGAACUCGGUAGAAAGUAAAAUUGUUCUGAAUAGCAGGUUAUCUGUUGAGGGACCACUUCGACUGAAAGAAGAAUAUGUUGAAGCGGUUCUAGAAUCUCCUAAGGUUGUUGAGGAAAGUGUACCAGAGCAGCUGAAAAGUGCAUUCGGUCAGGCAGUUAGCACAGCACAACAACUGCCUGUCCCUGUUAAGGAUGCGAUUUCUAGUGGGCUGAAAAUUCCUCUCAAUGGGCGUUUCCAGAGAAUGCUCAUGAUUUCUUAUCUUGAUGAAGAGAUACUUAUACUGAGGGAUACUACCGGAAUACCCGAAGUUCUUUCGAGGUUGGAUGUGCCACCAUCUACCAUGGCAGAACCAGCUACUGAGUAUGAGAGCUAGAGAUUCCUUAAUGUAUGAAAACCGGAUUUUUUUUCCAAGUUAAAUAACAACAUAGUUCAAAUUGCUCUUCUUUCAUCA